CAGGAAUGAGCUAUCGCUGGGUAGACGGCCUUCAAAGCCUUGAUGUCGAUUUUCAUUAUACGCAGCAGCAAAAUGGGGUGCGAAGACGCACAAUGGCGUUUCCAAUCACAGCGCAUUGCGGUUCCAGCACCAGCUGGUUAAGAAUUCAGAAGAGACCACGCUUUGAACGUCUUCUUGCGGAAGACGGUGAACGUCUUUCACAAGAUGUUGACAAUAUGCUGAGGGACAUGGUCCAGAUUUGCACUAAAAAUUGUGACUGGAAGACAAAGCCUACGGUAUUACCUAAAAGACUUCUUGAUCUUAAAGGAACCAAAAAUGGAGCCGAAGUUUGCCUAAUUGAGGUCGAAAAAUCCUAUCAUGUGAAGACGGAAUGGAAAUACGCAACACUAAGCUAUUGCUGGGGGUGUGCAGACAAACAUCUGAUCAAAACCACGAAAGCGAAUCUUGGCAAAAUGACCGCAGGAAUAUCUGUUAAGAGACUACCACGGAGCUAUCAAGAUGCCAUCAUUGUUUGCCGCACCCUUGACAUACCAUUUCUUUGGAUUGAUGCUCUCUGCAUUAUUCAAGACGACGAAGAGGAGUGGGAGUUGGAGGCGCAGAAACUAGCCCGUCUUUACCAGCAAGCGUUGAUCACAAUCAUCCCCUCAGCUGAUCAAUCUGCCUAUGAUGGCUUCUUAGAACGUUCUCUUCCUGCACGGCAUCCUGUGAAAGUAGAUUUUCACUCGGUAUUGAAUCCUGGAACCAACGAGACCUACUUCAUCAAUGAACCUGAUUUUUCCGGCACACCACUUUUCUAUCAGGACACUGCCAAAACCAAAUGGGGAAACCGGGGUUGGACGUUUAAUGAGCGACUCUUCUCUACCAGAAGACUCUAUUUCGGGGCGGAAACCAUUCACUGGAGUUGCAGAGGAUUCUACAUGUCCGAGGUCGAUAACAAAUGUCAAGCACCGGAAGAAUACAGUCUAAAGUCUUUGACUUGGGAGCCCAACCUCAAAGAGUCCAGCCUCAAAAAACACGGCAUCGAGGCCGGGGAGAACAUCUACUUUUUCUGGUGCAGCCAGUUCCUCGAAUAUUCGUGCCGGCAGUUUACGUAUUGGAACGACAGGCUGCCCGCGAUAUCCGCGUUAGCAAGCUUCAUGGCCAAUAUCACCGGAGACAAGUGGCUGGCCGGCAUAUGGGAGUCGGACUUGCACAUCGAGCUACUUUGGAGCGCGACGAGAUUCCGUGGCCCUGUUUUGCUACCUGCAUCUUCCGAGUAUAUCGCACCGUCAUGGAGCUGGCUCGCUCGCGCCCAAAAUGCGGAAAUCAGCCAUAUCAGCAUCCAGCAAAACCUCUCGUUCAUUACUGUGCUGGACACAUGUAUUAAACCCGAUGGUGUAAACCCUUUUGGCCGGGUUCGGGAUGGUUACAUCACGUUGGAAGGAAUAGUCUGCGCUCUGUCCGCGGAGAAUCUCCACAGCGUGUCGGACGAGAGGAACCCUAUCUACCAGGAGAUCAGAUGGGAAGGCCGCUACGUGGGCGACUGCGCCUUUGACAUAAACAUGUUUGAUGACGACGAAGAAGAAGGAGAUGAAGGUGCCGAUAAAAGUCUCCUGAAUGCUGAAACAUUCGUGUUGCUCCCAAUCAGAAAUGGUCUCUGCCUUAAAAGAACAAUAUCCCGGGCUGCUUUGGAAAGGAUCACCGAGAACCAAGUGCAGUCUACCUUAUCAGGCCUCAUUCUGGUUCCUAGUGGCAGGAUUGACAACACGUUCUGUCGUGCUGGGAUCUUCGAAUCGCCGCCGAUUGAUAGUGGAGGGCCUGUUUUCUUUGAGCGCUGGGCUAAGCAAACGAUUACAAUCAUUUAG